AUGGCGUGUUUAUUGGGAGACAGUUUAUUUGAAAUUGACGGACAAGGACCUGCACCUACAAAAGACUAUUACCAGUUUACUGUCACCAAAACCGAGGUGAUUUGGAGGUCGUGGAAGAUAUCCCUGCGAAGUGAGUUCCGGAACGCUAGACCGGGCGAGCUUAGGAUGCCGCAUAAAGACUUCCUGGAAGACAGCCGACUUCAGGGCCAAGUGAGGGUCGUGUACGGGCAGAAAACGUUACGCUAUAGCCAGGCGCUGUGUCGAGGCGAGUUUGACUUCCUGGAGCGGAUGCCGAAUGCACUGCUACUGUGCAUCCUCUCCCACCUGGAGCUAGAGGACAUCGCUAGACUGAGACUCACUUCGCGAAGGCUGAGACAGGUGUGUGACUCGGAGGAGUUCUGGGUACAGGCCGUGUGGAGCAGCUGUGGGCCCCCCUCCCCCCAGGUGUGUUCCCUGGCCCGGGAGCUGGGCUGGAGGCAGGUGUUCUUCACCAGCAAGCUGCAGCUGCAGAAGCUGCUGAGCCGGAGGAGGAGAGGGAGCCCACGGAGCCCCACGCAGCCCCACGCUGCUGACACAGUCAGCCUGGCACUCUCAGACAUGGGCCUUGGUUCUGGCCCUGACUCUGGGUCAGAUUCUGGGCCUAGUCCUGACUCUGGGUCUGGUCCUAGCCCUGGCCCUAGUCCUGACUCUGGGUCUGGUCCUAGUCCUGACUCUGGGUCUGGUCCUAGCCCUGGCCCUAGUCCUGACUCUGGGUCUGGUCCUAGUCCUACCCCUGGCCCUAGUCCUGACUCUGGGUCUGGUCGUGGCCCUACUCCUAACCUUGAAACUCAGGUGUGGCUUUACGUGGUGGAUCAGGGAGGCCAGGUGGGGGAUGCCGACCCCAACCCCAGCCAUAACCCGAGCCCUAACCCCAGGCCCAGCCCAGGUCUUUACCCCAGGCCCAGCCCAGGUCUUGACCCCAGGCCCAGCCCAGGUCUUUACCCCAGGCCCAGCCCAGGUCCUGACCCCAGGCCCAGCCCAGGUCCUGACCUCCCAGGGGAGCAGCUGGCUGGUCUGAGGAAGGGGUCUGGGGUCCAGAGAGAUCCAGGCAACGGCAGAGGGGACUGGAAACGAGACUCAGGAAGAAGACUGAAGUGA